UAAUCCUAAUUAAUAGGGGCCGCAAUUUUCUUUUCUUGGUUCACAUAAAAUGGAAAAAAAAUUACAUACUUUACCAAUGGUAAGAACAUUUUCUCUAUACAUCAGUUGUCUGUCUUUUUGGUCAACCACAUACAGACAUAUUUUGCUAGACAAUAAUUAUCUCUAUUUGUUUAAAGAAAGAUUUUGCAUUUUAAAUGCAAAAUUAAAGAUUCCUAAUCAAAAUUUUUUUAAAAAUAAAAAAUUAAAAAAAAAGGUGUGAAAAUGAACGUUGGUUUCUAUGCCAACGAAACAAUAAACAAAAUCUUCCUCGUUAGCUUCAAUUUAUAGCAAAGCAAAGAAACAUACAAACGCUUCAAGAACAGAACAACAAUUCAUGGAUUCCUUUGCCUUCCCUCCGUUGUUGUUGUUGUUCUUCUUCUCCCUCCUCCUUCAUCAACUUCCAUUUUCCACAGCCAAUUUUCACAAACUCAACCACCUCAGGCCACAUUUUCUCGCCCACCAAACACCUACCACCAAUGACACCCCACCAACUCGUUUCUUUGAAGUAACCAAACCCAUCAAUCUUCCAAAAACCAAACGCUGUUCCCACCUUGUUCUCCACCAUGAUUUUGGAUUCACAUAUGGAAAGCCACCAGUUCUUGCAAACUACACCCCUCCUUCACAUUGUUCGUCUCAUAAAAAAUUUUCCAAGAUUGUCCUUGAAUGGAAAGCAACUUGUAAAGGCAAGCAAUUUGAUAGGAUUUUUGGAAUUUGGCUUGGUGGGGUUGAGCUUCUUCGUAGCUGCACUGCAGAACCAAGAGCUACUGGGAUUGUUUGGAGUGUUGAGAAGGACAUCACAAGGUAUUAUCCAUUGCUUUUGAAGAAUCAAACACUUGCUGUUUAUCUUGGAAAUCUUUUGGACAGUACUUAUACUGGGAUUUACCAUGUUGAUUUAAUUAUUUAUUUCUAUCCUGCUGAAGAACAUUUCAAUAAUCAUGUCCAAAAAAAAGGGAAAAAAUUGGUUACUGGACACAAUUCCUGGGCCGAUUUGAUACUGCCCAUUUCUCGAAAACUUCCAUUGAACGAUGGUUUAUGGUUUAAGCUUGAGAAUGCAAGUUAUACCCCAUUGAAUGAAUUCAAAAUUCCCAAGAAUGUCUAUAGGGCUGUUGUGGAGGUCUAUGUUUCAUUUCAUGAAAAUGAUGAGUUUUGGUAUUCAAAUUAUCCGAACGAGUACAUUGCUGCAAACAACCUCACUGACACGCCCGGAAAUGGGCCUUAUAGGGAGGUUACGGUGAGUCUUGAUGGUGAAACCGUUGGUGCUAUUUGGCCUUUUACUGUGAUUUACACAGGAGGAGUUAAUCCCCUCUUAUGGAGACCCAUUACUGCUAUUGGCUCAUACAAUCUCCCUUCUUAUGACAUAGAAAUCACACCAUUUUUGGAGAAGAUUUUAGAUGGGAAAAUCCAUAACAUUGGUUUUCAUGUCACAAAUGCCUUGAAUGUUUGGUAUAUUGAUGCAAAUUUGCAUCUUUGGUUGGACAAAAAGAGUGAAAAAACUGAAGGAAAGCUAUUAAAGCACACCACUUUGCCCCUUGCUGUUUCCCUGAACUAUAAAUUCAAUGGUUUGGAUGGAAAGUUUUCAACAAGUGUAAGCAGGUCUGUGUUAUCAACCGGUUGGGUUAGGUCCUCCUAUGGAAACAUCACAACCAAAUAUGUUCAAGACUUUUCUUACAGAAAUUUAAUGGUGAUGAAAAGCAAUGGGAGUGAACAGAUGGUGAAUCAGGUUAUCCAUUUCAAUGACUUGGUUCAAGCCAAGAUUCCAUCAGAACAUCUUCACUCAAAGAAAUCAGACAAAAUAUUUUCUCUUUUCUUGUAUUCUAAUUAUCUGAGUCAGGAAAAUGGAACUGUUUUAUCUGCUGCUAAUCUUACUUUGGGAUUUAAUGAGAAAUCUAGAAAUAAUGCUGAUUUUGGAUUCUCAAAGUCAAAGACAUCUUUGAAAAAUCUGCAGAGUGGCCAAGGUUAUAUAGUGAUUAAAAAUAAUGUUCUAGCUGGUGGAUUGGGGAGUACACAACAAGUGUAUAAAUAUGCUGGAGAUGGAUUAUGUUACUCUAGAGAUAUAAGCAGCUCAAACUACACCAUUCUUUAUGAUAAAGUGAGAAAUACUUGCAAGAAAAGGAAACAAUCUUCUUUGGAUUUAGUAGAUAAUGAGGGAGUUUAUCAUUAAUAGUCAUCUUGGAUUGGAUUGCCAUAUGCUUUAUACAAUUUCUCCAUUUCUAAGAUGUUACUAGAGGAUUCCUGCAAGUGAACAGUGGCCCAGAAAUAAUUGCAAGUGUUUUUACAAUGUAUGAUGAUUAUUUUGUGGAAAGUGUUUUAGAAUUUUAUUUAUGUGUGCAAAUAAUUCUAGUUCGUUUUUGAAGUGGUGAUGAGUAG